AUGGCUAGCGACAGUGCCAGCCCCAUUGGGGUCCCCGGGGCGCACUCGCAAUCUCCGCCCCCGGCAACAACCACCCUCUGUCUGUACAAGCGUCUUCCGAAGGGCCGCAAAGCCCUCUUCGCCCCGUCCGACUCCGCGCCCGCAAGCUACUUCGUGAGCAAUCCUGUCCCACACCGGUACCAUUCGCAAUGGAGACCAGUGUUCUAUCGCGGGGAUAAUCCCAAGUACACUCCAUCAGCCACAGUCAUCGGACGUGCUUUUCGGAACGCCCUUUGGGGGAAGAUCGAGUUCCAGCUGGGCGAGGGCGUCGGCGAGGAGCUGGAGAACGAGCGCCGGCGCAAAGCAGCCAAGAAACUCAAAACGAAGAACAAGUUUCGCAGGGCUUUUGGUGCCAGUGCGAAAGAUGCCACGGAGGAUCUGGAGGAGAAGCCGGUUCUUGGGCGGAAGAUGGUGAUACACGUACGGCGGUCGAGUGUGUUUAACCGUCACGUGGAAUGGGAGCUGAAUGGGGAGGUGUAUCGGUGGACGGGGACGAGGAUGUUCUCGACGAGUUUCAUGAAAGGGGCUAAGGGUUGGUCGCACUCCCUGAAGCUUGUGCGGGUGUCCGAUCACGCGCUCAUUGCGACCUUUGAAAAGAGCCGGUGGUCAUCGUUUUCGAGCUCGAUUAAAUCCGGGGGUCCUCCUAAUAAAUCGAAGCAGUUUGUCGGCACUCUGCGCGUUCAUGUUCCAACGCACUCAGAAUUUCCGACUGCGAAAGGGGAUGCAACCGUGCCGGAGAUCCUCAAUGAUCAUGAUCUGGGCAUCGCUGCAGAGACGGAUCUCACUGAUGCCAUUGUCCUCACGAAUUGGAUAGUAGCAGAAGCCGAGCACCGGCUGCGUCUGAAGGUGCUGGAUGUUCUCCAGGAUAUUGCUGAAAAGGCGGGUGAAGGUGGGGGAUGA